AUGAACCCCUUUGAACAGGGUCCGUACGACUCGAGCGAGCAAUAUCGCCCGCAGUCGAGUCAGCAACGGCAAUCACCUCCGAACCAGCACUCCUCUGCUUCAUCAUCCUCUUCUCAUCCCCAGCAGCAGCACCAGCAGCAGCAGCAGCGUGGUGGCCCACCUCGAUACAAUGAUCUGCAGGGAGGCAGCUUCAAUCAGUAUGCCCAGCAGGGACCACCACCGCAGACUUCGUCCUCCGGCGCUCGAGCUGGUGGCGUCUCGUUUCAGGUGCCGCCACAGCGCCCGCAGACUCACCGAGCUACAACGUCGAGGGACUCGGUCAAGAAGGACCUGUUUGGCAACGGCGCCAAUGCUUCCGCCAGUACAUCAGAUCUCCCUGAGCUCAACCGAGGCAACAGCAGAGACCCAGAGGCCGGUGGCGGUGGCUUCUCGAACUCGGACUUCAAGAGAAAGAAGUCGCUCGUUCGUCCUGACCGAGAGCGCAUGGACCCCAACCACAGGCAAUGGUACUAUCGCAACCACGCCGCGCAGCUCGAUGCGGUCGAUGGCUCAGGUCGACCAGCUCACCACAUUGGCUUCAUGCCCUCGUCAACGGGUCACAUGCCGCAGCAUGGAGCUGCUCUCCCUGGCCACGGGAUGGGCCACCUUCAAGGCCCUGGAGGCGGUGUGAGCGGUCUCGGCAUGAUGCAGCACGGCUCGAUGCCGCCGAAUGGGAUGGGUGGACAAGGAGGCCCAGGAGGUCCAGGAGCACCCAACAUGCCUCCCGGUGGUCUCGGAAGGGCACCACCUCUUCGUCGAGGCAAGUCCAUCUUGGGCCGAGAGGAGGACCAGGUCGAGACGGGCAUCAAUUUCCUCAAGCGCGGAGUCUCGCUCAAGAGAUCCAAGUCGCAGAAGUCGCAGGCUCGCAAGGAAAUCCCUCAAGACCUUGGCGACAAGCCUAAGAAGCAGUCUUCCAUUGCUCCUGGUCCCGUUGGUCCUUGGAUGAUCUACUGCUACGCCCUUACCAUCUGCUGCCCCGGCCCUUGCCUGGGCAUCUUCGGCAUCAAGACGCCAGAGCAGCAGCGAGCUUGGCGAGAGAAGAUUGGUCUCCUUUCCAUCGUCCUCACUUGCAUGGCUGCCGUCGGUUUCAUCACCUUCGGCUUUACACAGGCGGUGUGCGACACCAAGGCGACCCGUUACCAUGCUGGCGAAAUUGACGUCGGCUCAAUGGUCUUCCACGGCUAUGACUUCGACUUCAAUCGCUUCUACCAUCCUCAGGUCCCUCCCUUCCAGGCUAACGGCCCCAUGAAUCAUACUAACCCCGUCUAUUCGGAGCCUUACUCUUCCGGCAAGCUCGAUGGCUCGAUGAUCAUGCAGCGAGGCGGUGGAGAGUGUGCUGGCCUCGUCCUGAACCGCGACGGCACCGACGCGACGCAGUUCUAUCCUUGUCGCCUCGUGACUCAGAAUGGGCAGGCCCGCUACACCAAUUCGACCAUGUGCCACGCCGACGGUGUCGCGGAGAGAAUGCUGGCGAACCAGACGAACGUGCCCGCGAACAGGGCAAUUCUGCAAGGCCCCGUCUAUUAUAAUUGGUCGCAAGUCGAGGACCCGACGGCGAAUCUUCUCGUGUGGAAGGGAGCCGUUAUUGACUUGGGCCGUCUCAACCAGCUUUACACCAACAUCACCGUGCCCGAUCUCUUCAAUACGCUCAAGACCCGCAACGAACGCUUUGCUGGACGCGACGUUACCGCCUCUGUCAUCCGCUCCAAGCAAGACCGAACUUUCGACUGCCUCGAGCGCAUCGCUCGCGUCGGCUUCAUCGAUUCGGACUCGAUUGGCUGCGUUGCCUCCAAGGUCGAGCUCUACGUGGCCCUCGUCUUCAUUCUCGGCGUCGUCGGCAUCAAGUUUAUCAUGGCCGUAGUCUUCGGGUGGUUCCUCUCGUGGCGCAUCGGCAACUAUGGGAACGAGACGAGGGAUCAGAGGAAGAAGCGUCAGGCUGAGAUCGAGGCCUGGUCGGACAACAUCUACCGUCCUGCGCCGGCCUCUUACCGACCCAACGCUCGCAAGCACAAGUCCUUCUUGCCUACAACGUCGCGCUUCUCCGUAGCCAACCCGCUUGGGCCCAAUGGCAAGAUCACCGCUCGCACGGCCAUGUCUGAGAAGAGUGGUGUGCGAUCGCCCAAUCAGCGCAAGACUCUGGGCGUCGCGUCGCCUCUCGGUGGCUCGCCGCCUGGAUCUCCUUUGCUGCCUGGUGCUCGCUCAUCUGCCUCUCUCGUCAACACCAACAAUGGCGACCGCAGCGCGCCAAUGUCUGCGUGGGGCAACGGCUCGCGACGCAGCUCCUUCAGUGACCCUAUGAUCGGCGCGAUGGGUGCUUGCCCUUGGCCACUGGAUCACGUUGUGCCUCAGCCUCCGUCCAACUGGCAGCCUUUCCACUUCCCGCUCGCCCACUCGAUCUGCCUCGUCACAGCCUACUCCGAGUCCUUCGAGGGUCUGCGCACCACGCUUGACUCGCUGGCUACCACUGACUAUCCAAACUCGCACAAGGUCAUCCUCGUCAUUGCUGACGGUAUCGUCAAGGGCGCUGGCUCCGACAUCAGCACUCCAGACAUUUGCUUGAGCAUGAUGAAGGACUUCAUCGUUCCGCCCGAGGAGGUCGAAGGCAACUCGUACGUCGCCAUCGCAGACGGCUACAAGCGCCACAACAUGGCCAAGGUCUAUGCUGGAUUCUACGAGUACGACGACGAGACCGUGGAGCGAUCCAAGCAGCAGCGCGUGCCCAUGGUUCUCGUUGCCAAGUGCGGCACGCCCAUGGAGGCUGACUCUGCCAAGCCUGGCAAUCGAGGAAAGCGUGACUCCCAGGUCCUCCUCAUGGCGUUCCUCCAGAAGGUUAUGUUCGACGAGAGGAUGACGUCCUUUGAGUACGAAUUCUUCAACUGCCUGUGGAGGGUAACGGGCGUCUCGCCUGACCAUUACGAGAUCGUUCUCAUGGUCGAUGCCGACACCAAGGUCUUCCCUGAUUCACUCACUCGCAUGGUCGCCUGCAUGGUCGAGGACCCUGAGAUCAUGGGAUUGUGCGGAGAGACCAAGAUCGCCAACAAGCGUGAGACGUGGGUCACGAUGAUCCAGGUCUUCGAGUACUACAUUUCUCACCACCAGACGAAGGCAUUCGAGGCUUGCUUCGGCGGUGUCACUUGUUUGCCAGGAUGCUUCUCGGCUUAUCGUAUCAAGUCGCCCAAGGGAGCAGCAGGGUAUUGGGUCCCCAUCCUCGCCAAUCCGGACAUUGUCGAGCACUACUCGGAGAACGUCGUCGACACGCUGCACAAGAAGAACCUGCUCCUUCUCGGUGAAGACCGAUUCCUCACGACGCUCAUGCUCAAGACUUUCCCCAAGCGCAAGAUGAUGUUCGUACCUCAGGCAGUCUGCAAGACCAUCGUGCCGGACACCUUCCGCAUCUUGCUCUCGCAACGUCGUCGCUGGAUCAACUCUACGGUGCACAACCUGGCCGAGCUUGUGAUGGUCAACGACCUCUGCGGUACAUUCUGCUUCUCGAUGCGCUUCGUCGUCUUCAUGGAGCUCGCCGGUACUCUCGUCCUGCCCGCCGCUAUUGCUUUUACCCUCUACGUCGUCGUCUCGGCCAUUAUUGACGCCGGCAACGGCAAGGAGAUUCAAGCCAUCCCGCUUAUCCUGCUCGCCGUCAUCCUCGGUCUCCCCGGUCUUCUCAUCGUUGUCACCACGCGCAAGAUUGCAUAUGUGGGAUGGAUGCUCAUCUACCUCAUCUCGCUGCCCAUCUGGAACUUCGUCUUCCCUUCGUACGCCUUCUGGCACAUGGACGACUUCUCCUGGGGCGCUACGCGUGUAGUGCAGGGCGAGACCAAGGGCGGACACGGUGACGCCGAGGGCAAGUUCGAUCCUUCCAACAUCGUCAUGAAGCGUUGGAUCGAGUACGAGAGGGAGCGCCGCCUGGCUUCUGGAAUUCACUCGCGCGACUCGACGUACGACAUUGUUCAGAUUGGCUCGCCGGACCGCGCUGGCUCGACGCGCUACAGCACCGUCUCUAGCUCUGUCGGCGGACACAGCGAAGUACCGUCAUCCGCUCAAGCGCAGGACCGUCUGCUCAGCUCGUUGGGCUCGCACAUGGAGUCGGAGAGCGGCCAUGGACGAGGCACAAGCGUGGGCGGUGCUCGCGCUCGUAUCGAUGCCGUACCCUUGCUCUCGCUCCCUGCCCCACUCGGUGAUCCUGCAGCAGCCAAGGCAGUCGGCGGUCCUCAUGCUCCUGGCUCCAUCACCGUGCCCAGGCCUCGCGACGUCAGCCCGAGUGGCGGAGGUGGCGUUCGCGGCAGCAGCUACGACCCCUUCCCGUCAGCAGGCGCAGACGACGAGAAGCAGCCCAUGAUGAUGCACAGCCAGUCAGCCAUGUCCUCUCCUGACCCUGAGCGCCUCAAUGCCGCCAUGGGUCAAAGCAGCAGCUCCUCGUCUUCUCGUCCUGGCUACACCUCAGCAGAGUUCGCAGCUCAUCUCAGCGCCGAGCCCGACGACUUUGCUUCGCCUACCUCGACGCAGGCUCCGACCCUCCCGCAGUCCAUUGCGGGCUCUUCGCCACGACCGAGAGAGAAUGCUCCUUCGCGCGGCUUCUCACUUGUGGACGAUGGGCCGGCAGGCAUUGCGCCCAGGGUGGUUCAGCGCGGCGGAGCGAGGAGGAUGAGCACGAAUGAUCAGCCGACGCGCUUCUCUAGGAGUACAGAGGGAGGUGGCAACCACGGCCAAUCGACGAAUCCUUUCAACCGUUGA